AUGGACCCUAGCCCACCAGGCCACCGGAGCCCGCGUCGUUGGCGGCCCAACGCUUCCCUGGUCUCCACGGCAACCGCUGCACACGCGCACUCGGGGGGGCCUGAGCGUCGGAACGCCGGGGGCGGGUCCAGCAACGGCCACGCCCCCAGCGCGUGCGCGGGUCACGUGGGGGCGCGGCCCGGGGAGCUGCUGCGGCUGCGGUACCGCGUCCCCCGCGCGCACCCCCGGGUCCCAGAGCCUCCUAGGCUUUUUCGGCGCCCGGCGGGGCUUCGGCCCGGUUGCUCGCUCUGCGUCCCACCACGCCCCCCGAGACCAGCACCCUCCUCGCCGAGACCCUCGGUACCCCCGGACCCUGUUUUCCCUCCCUUCCCUGGGACCCCCGCCCCCAGCACCCCUCCUUCCUGGCCUGUCCACCCUGAGCGCCUCUUCCCCAACUCCAUCCGGGCGUUGCACCCCCAUGAGGAGCCCGUCUUCUGGGCCCGCCCCUCCCCCGGGACCCGGCGGACCUGGUGCCCCACCCACCCCGAGCGCGGGCCCAUCUCUUUCUCGGACCUGACCCGGGUGCUCCCCACGAGGCUCUGA